UGCAGAUAUAACAGCCCCAGACACAGAGAGGCUCAACACACAUUGUUUUAAUAAGUUAUAUGUGAAAUCAGGGGCAUCUGCGCGUAUCAAGAGAUAGAUUGGUUGGACAAGAAAUACUUCUAUUCCUUGGACCACUUCACACAGUUUAUUUUUCACUGUAGCUUCAGAGGAAACCGCACGUCUCAUCUGAUAGUCACUUUUGCAUUGGAAUCUAAUGCGUAAUGGUGAUCACCAAAGGACACUGACUAUCCAGAGCUCUGAGAAUUCAUUUGUUUUUAACCUACCUACUUCAUUUAAAACAGAAAUGCAGGUCAUUUUGUUUGUUUCAGUAGUUUCACUUUACAUCAAGUCUGUCGUCGCGGAUACUAAAGCCAAGUGUCCGGAGCGCUGUGAUGUGAGUACGUGUCCGAGCCCGAGCUGUCCGAGCGGGUAUGUUCCUGACCGCUGUAACUGCUGUCUGGUGUGCGCGCAGGGAGAGGGGGAGCCCUGCAGCCGUAAGGACGAUCUGCCCUGCGGAGACGGUCUAGAGUGCAAGCAUCCUUCUGGAAAGAGACUGUCUAAAGGCGUGUGUCAGUGCAGAUACAUUAGUAAAGUGUGUGGUAGUGAUGGAAACACGUAUGGUAACAUCUGCCAGCUGAAAGCCGUGAGCAGGAAAGCUCUGCAGCAGGGUCUCCCCGGUGUCACUAACGUGCAUAAAGGACCCUGUGAAAGCAAUCAAGGUCCCAAACACCCCAACAGCCAGAGGAACAAAUUCAACUUCAUUGCUGACGUGGUGGAGAAGAUCGCCCCUGCUGUGGUGCAUAUUGAGCUGUUCCUAAACCACCCCCUCUUUGGCCGGACAGUUCCACUGUCAAGUGGAUCUGGUUUUGUAAUGUCAGAGACCGGGCUGAUCGUGACCAAUGCCCAUGUGGUUUCCAGCACCAAACAUGUUUCGGGUCAUCAGCAACUCAAAGUACAGAUACGUGAUGGGGAUGUGUAUGAGGCCACGAUAAAAGACAUUGACAAGAAGUCUGACAUCGCCACUAUCAAAAUCAACCCACAGAAAAAGCUGCCUGUUUUAUUACUGGGUCACUCAGCAGACCUGCGCCCUGGUGAGUUUGUGGUGGCUAUUGGCAGCCCUUUUGCCCUGCAGAAUACAGUGACGACCGGAAUUGUCAGCACAGCUCAGAGAGAUGGGAAAGAGCUGGGACUCCGUGACUCUGACAUGGACUACAUUCAGACUGACGCCAUCAUUAACUAUGGAAACUCGGGUGGACCACUCGUCAAUUUGGAUGGAGAGGUGAUCGGAAUCAAUACACUGAAAGUAGCUGCAGGAAUCUCCUUUGCCAUUCCUUCAGACAGAAUUACUCGCUUCUUAAACGACUCCCUGGGAAAGCAAAACAAAGAGGCAAGAUCAGUGAAAAAGCGUUUCAUUGGAAUUCGGAUGCUCACCAUCACAGAAGCUCUCGUAAAGGAGCUAAAGCAGCAGAAUCCAGACUUCCCUGAUGUCAGCAGUGGGAUCUAUGUUCAUGAGGUGGUUCCUCACUCUCCUGCUCAGAAAGGGGGCAUUAAAGAUGGUGAUAUCAUCGUUAAACUGAAUGGAGAGUCAUUGAUGAGCACCAGUGACCUGAAGGAAGCGCUCAACAAAGACACCACACUGCUGCUGGAGGUGCGCCGUGGCAAUGAUGACCUGCUUUUCAACAUUGAGCCUGAUGUCAUCAUGCAGUGACAAUUUAUCAGAAUGUAAACAAUGCAAUUGACAAAAAGACAUUGGCAUGUGCAGUCAUGGCCAAAGGGAUGUUUAAUGGAGCAUCCUAAAUACCAAGGACCUCUUUUACAAGCAGAGAAAAUCUAAUCUUGAGCUUUUAUAAUCUCAGUCAUGUCAGGCCUGCCUAAGAAGGUUUAUAUGAAAGGCAUUUCAUAUUAGCUUUGAUACAGGUUUGAAGGGGAGAACUGGCUAAAUAUGAAAACUUACUGUAUUUUGUAAAAUAAGACAAUGCUGGUGAUAUUUUUGAAGUUUCUGCUUUUAUGCCAGAAACAGACAAUCCACAAUGAAAUGUUAAACUGGAAAAUGGGAAAUUAAAUAGUGAAAAGAUGACAUGUCAUCAAAAUAAAUAAAAGGAUAUUUUAUUGAUCUUAUACAAAUAUAUCCUUAUAAUAAUUAUGAGUUGUACUAUGAAAAUUAUAUGUGUUGAAAGCUCAACAUUCAUUGCUGGACCUGCAUUGUGGCACCAGUGGCAAGAAUCAAUUGCUGUGCAAGGAGUUUAAUGAGUUUUAUAAUUUGUAUAUAAUACCUGUCAUAAUGAAUGACAUUUUUAUAUGAUUAUCUUGUUCAGUUAAAUGUUAUGUGCUCUUUUAUAUAAGCAGAGAUCAAACUGACAAUUUUUUCUUCUGGUCACGUAAUCUUAUUAUCAGUCUGUUUUCAAUUCAUGUUCUUUUUGUGGUUAAAAUGUCUACAGCAUCUUUUUUUUUUUUUCAUUUCUUUUUUAAUGCAUAUCAUAAUACAUGUCUUCAAAUAAGCUCAUAUUGUUGGUUCACUUCAGCUGGAUUUAUGAACAUUGAACCUAUCUACAGAAUAAGACUUUCUCAGAAAACAAUAACUUGGCAUAUUGGUGGAUCACCCAGUGCAUGUUGAAUAUUAACAGAGCAGUCAGUUGGCUAACUCUUUCUAUGAAGCUUAAAUUCAUAAUGCAUUGUAAAGGCAUAAUCUCAUAAAACUCCUUAGAAAAAGUUAUAACUUCUCAAAAAUUGUAACUAGUUAUAAUUCAUUAUACUUAACCUAUUCAUAGUUAUACUUUAAAGAGUAUAGUGCAUUACAGCACAAUCAGCAUCCAAUUUUAUCAGUAUUAAUCAAGUUUAUUACACGGCUCUCUGGAGUACUCUAUUCUUAUUGGUCAAUGGCGCCAUCUAGCAGUCAGAUAUUGCUCUGUAACAACCGCACAUCCGGGUUCUGCAAGCCGUCUCUCCUCAACUCAUUUUGCGAUCUCUACAAGUAAGCUAAUAAAAUAAU